AUGGCUCCCAACAAGCACAAGAACAGAAUGGAAGCCUCAGCGCCUGCUGGCUUAGACCGGUCAAACCCAGCUGCUCCCAACAAGGCCACAGAUCUCAGCCAGUCUGAGGAGCAGACUGAUAACGAUGAUAUCAAGUCUGCCACUGUCGGGCACUCCACGUCUAACAUGUCCACGACCACCGACAUGGCAAAGCUAAAUAUAAGCGAAAACGAACCGGGGUCCGUGGCAGAAGAUCCGCUGAGCAGACCAACCAACUCUGGUGAACACGGUCUAGAAUCAGCCAGUCGCUUGCCCACCCGACCAGCAGAAGCCUCAUGGGAUCGGAAGAGAAACGCCUUCGAAGACCCCGACUCCACUCGCAUCCCCAGAGAAGACAUUCUCGCCAUUUACCCAACCGAAAAAGCCUGGCGCACCGUGUACACGGGCGCGCUAUCGAACAACGCCUUCGCCCGGAAAAUCCUCAUGACGUACAUCCUCUUCCACUCCGCCGUGAAGAACAACGAGAUCCACGACGUCCUCAGCCGUGGCAAGCAGCUCCUGACAGGACAGUGGCCGUACACCGCCGUGCCACCCGAAGUCAAGCAGAAUUACUUCGACUGGCUGCAUUGGCUGGCGUGUCUGGACGAAACGAUCCCCAACGCCCUCAAACACCACAAGUGGAUGAUCCUCCUCGAGCGAGAGUACGAGGCCGCCGAGCCGGUGUGGAUCCGUUUCUGGGACCUGAACCGCGAACUCGACCAGGCUGGACCGCGGUGCGAGCUGCGGGAGGAGAUGGAUGAUGUUGAAAUCAAGAUGGCGGCACAUAAUCGCAAACGACAUUUCUUGCAAAGAGCCAUAAUUGCCGGGAAACAGUGGGUGCUGAGGACAUACAUGCCACCGCCCAUGUGGGUUGACUGGAGUCAAGUGAUUCAAGAUAUUCUUGCUGCUAGGUUGCAGGAUGGCAUGGACGAUCGGUUUCGUGGCGGUGAGGUGCAAGUGGGAUACGUGAGCGGGCAUAUUUCCGACCCGGAAGCAACAGAGACCGAAGAAGAAUUUGAGUUGUAG